AUGGAGGCGCAGUGGGAGGAGGUGCAGUGGGAGGAGAUGCAGUGGGAGGAGAUGCAGUGGCUGGAGGUGCAGUGCGAGGAGAUGCAGUGGGAGGAGGUGCAGUGGCUGGAGAUGCAGUGGGAGGAGGUGCAGUGCGAGGAGAUGCAGUGGGAGGAGGUGCAGUGGCUGGAGGUGCAGUGGGAGGAGGUGCAGUGGCUGGAGGUGCAGUGGGAGGAGGUGCAGUGGCUGGAGAUGCAGUGGGAGGAGGUGCAGUGGGAGGAGGUGCAGUGGGAGGAGGUGUAG